AAGACCAGGUAGUUGUUGAUGUAGAGGCCAAUGAGAGCAAAUGCAAGGAGAACAGAGGCAAAGCAGCAGAGGAUGGCACUCAGGAAGACGUGGGACUGCAUUCUCAUGAUUCCAUGGAUUCGGUCGAUUGUGAUUCCAGAUGCGAAUAUUCCGAAGUGGAGCGUGCCAAAGAGGGUGAGCUGGGCGGCAGCAAGGAGGAGAUAGGCGCCGUCAGAGGCGCCUACGAUCACGGCCUGGAAGUUGAUGCACGCAACAAGAAGCAAGUUGUUCAGAACAAAACAGAGGAGAAUAAGCUUAACCUCUCCCUUACCAAUGCAAGCAUGCAUGUUAUUCGUAUUCUGGUACAUUCUGAGGCAGAGGAGGACACCAAUGAGGUUCAGGGCCAUCGUGUAGGGCGCAUCGACCUGGAUGCCUAG